AGCGAUCCAAGCCUCCACCCAGCCGGAUCUGAUGUGCUGACGUGUCGGCUCCUUCAACCCAGUGCUCAUGCUCCGGCUGCGAAAUCAAGCCAGGCAACAAAACUGCCAGCAUGGCAGCAAAACACUUUUACCGAAAUGGCUUUUUAUUACUUUUAUUUAAUUUUAUUUCAACUGCAGCCUUGGAAAAGCGGUUCUCCGACUUUAAAAGAUGCGCCGAUGAGGAGUGCAGCAUGCUCUUAUGUCGGGGAAAAGCAGUGACAGAUUUCAAAGGACCAGACUGUCGGUUCUUGUCAUUCAAGACAUCAGAAACUGUCUAUGUAUACUACAAACUUUCAGGCAGAAGGGCUGACAUGUGGGCUGGAAGUGUUGGAAAUCAAUUUGGCUAUUUCCCAAAGGACCUUCUUGCAGUCAACCAUGUUUAUACAGAAAAAGAACAUGAAAUUCCAGCAGAGGAAACGGAUUUUGUCUGUUUUGACACUGGAUUUGAUAAGUUUGACAACUAUGAUGUAGAUUCACUUAUGGGCUCCAUGGCAGAGAAGAGUGACAGUGAAAAUGAGGGAACAUCUGAACAAAUCCAAGAACCAGAAGGCACUCAAAAUGAAACAAAGCCAUCAGAUGAAGAAGAGGCAACAGACAGUGAAAAACUAAUUGAGCCUUACGAUAACUCUGAGGAUCUUGACAAAGUCCCCGACAAGCAAAGUGCCUCUUUGCCUCAACCUGAUGUUGCAAAUGAAUCACCUUCUACAAAAGAAGUAGAGCCUGAUGCAGCAGCUACACCUGACAGAACUGAGAGGGCUGCAGAAGACAAAGAGAAUGAGCAAAAACCAACAGCCAACUCUGUUCUUGAAACUGUCGAUUUAAAGAAGAGUGAAACCAAAGAUGCACCCACAAAACAUGAGGCAGAAUCUUUGCCCAAAGAUGAGUUUGUUUCAAAAAAUGAGCCAGUGUCAAUUUCUGAAGGAAUGCAAAUCCCUAAGUUAAAAACGACCUUCGGAACAACUUUUGAUGCCGUCACCACUGAUGAGGAAACCACCAGGAACAUAACCCCAUAUGAGGAAGAGGAGGAAAGUGAAAUUUUGGAAGUUCAUCCUGAAGAUGACACUGAUGUUAUAAAAGAAACUCUACUGCUGCCUUUCUUUGAACAAGGAGCCGAAAAUCCAGCAUCCGAUUCCCUCAAAGAUCAGAAAGUUCCUCCUACGACACAAGACGAUAAACCAAAAACUGCAGAGGAAAAGAACAUGUGGACGUCACUCGGAGAUGCAGUUUUUUCCGUCGUGACUGGGGGAGAGAGGACAGCUGAAGAUUUGAGUUCAGAGGAAGACGAAGAUGAUGAGGACGAGGAGGAAGAUGCUUCAAAAUCCCCUCUAAGUCUUGACAUAAAACCACUAACACCAGGGUUACCAAAAGAGCCAGAAAAAAUAGAUCCAGUUCUUGAAGAUCCUCCUAAUUCAAUGUCUACAGAUAGUAAGAAAACACUCAGCCAUUUUAAGAAACUCUUGUUUGAUCGUGACAAUGAUAGUGACAUAGUAUCAUUCAAACACAAGGAACCUCAGGAUGAAACACUGAUACCCACUGAUAAGCCGAUACACCAUCAAACAGAAGCAAGGGAUCCGAUAUCACAGGAUGACCCUAAUGCCCAAAAAUCAGAUAUCAAAACAACAGAUGAAGCCGUUGAGGAUCAAGAUGAGGAGGGAGAGGUGACCGAAGAUUCAGAGUUCAGCGAUGAAAAUGAAAACAUACAGGACAGUAGCAUUGCAAUUGAGUAUACAGAGGACUUAGAUGAAAAUAAAACAGUGAUAGAUCAAGAAUUAGCCAUUAACGAGACUGAAAUACGUCAGGAUCCGUCUACUGAUUUAGAUCUUCGAGAUGACGACGAGAAGAAUGCAAAUGACAGCCUUGAACAUCAAUAUCGUGACCGUUCUAUCACAGAUUUAGAAAGUAAUAACAGUCAACCAGAAUUAUCUGUUGAGGAACCAAAGAUUCACAAAAAACUACCUACAGAGGAGAUGGAAGACGAGAAAUACGCCGAGGUAGAUGAGGAGAUGCACGAAGAAAAAGAAUUACUUGAAGAUGAAAAUGCACUUUCUUUAUCGCAAUCAGAUGAUGAUGCAGAUGCUGAUGAACCCUCACCAGAAGCAGUUGUGCACACCGCGCCAGAGCCUGAGCCAGAAUACAGUGAUAGCAUAAUGAGACUGACUAUGCUGCGAGACCACUUCACAGAGGAGAACAUGGUGCGCUUCCACAAGAUUCUGGGUCUCAAGAAUCUCUACAAAGUGGAGGCCAUGUUCACCAACUUGGACAGAGAGUUACAGGCUACUCGUCUUUCACAACCGGGCACUACGCAAGACAUCGAGAAUGCACUCGAGAGUAUACUGGAAUCCUCAGAGAACGCUAUACUGGACGAGAUUGAGAAGAUGUUGGAUAACCGUGACACAAAACACGAUGAUGAAAACCAAAUGGGCACAAGCAGUUUGGACGAGGAAACUGAAAUAUUGGACGACUUCCAGGAGCUGUCAUUCAGCCUACGACAGAAGUAUUCAACAGCCAGUGAUAGCACACCUAUGGCAGUAGAGAAAGUACCAGUUACAGUCCAAGAUGAACAUGAAUUAAAUGUCAAAGAAGACAUGCCCAACACGGUUGAAGAGGAAAAAUCUGUCAUCCCUGAGACGGGAACUGAUGACAACCUCACAGUCACAGAUCUUGAGGAAAAGCCAGCAAAGGUUGAAGAGGAGCCAGUCCUUUUGGAGGAAGUGCACACCGGAUCGGAUGUUAGUGUGGAGGAGGACGGUGGACACUUCAAUAAAAACAAAGACAAUCAGCCAAGCUUCAGUGCCUCAGACGAACUUCAAAAGGUUCCUCAAGCCACUCUGGAAAAACCCUUAGACAUGGGCCUUGGUGUCGUAGUGGAGCAGUCUCCCUCAGAAUCUUUGGAUUCCAUGGAACCGGUGUCUGAACUUCAUGAAGAGGAAGUGGGAUUAUUCUCAGUUGGAAUCAUGUACAUGGGCUGCAUCGUUUCGAUGAUCAAGACCAGAGUCGCAGAGUGGACUGUUGUGAUGAUUUCACUAUUGCCAGAAGAGUGGAGGCCAGGGGAAACCUUGUUUGGCUGUCCUUGGCAAGCUGUUGUCAUCACUGCUUUGGUGGGAGUAUUGACCUUCACCCUCUUCUUCUGGAGGACCGUGUUGGCUGUAAAGAAGAGGGAGUACCUUGUGGAUGAAAAAAGGCUCAUAGAGCAAAUGGAAGCGCUCAAAAAAGAGAAAAGUGAUGCUCUCACCAAAAUGUCUGAACUCCAGAAACAGACUGAAAAACUGAAAGAAAAUCAAAAACAAUCAGAGGAAACAGUUAGUUCUACAAAGAAAAGGUUACAAGACCUGGAGAGUAAAGUUUUGAAAGCUGAAACACGGAAUGAACGAAUGAAUGAAGAAAAGGACACAUAUGCAAAACUGCUCAAAGAAGAGCGGGAAAACGCUCUACAAAAUGAAACUCGGAUUGAGAAAUUGGAGAAGUCAAACGAGAAGCUGCAGCUCAACAGGAAAAAGAUUCAGGAAGCACUCUCCAAGACUACUGUUCUCUUGGACGAGUCCAAGAUUCGUGAAGAUGCACGAAAUGUUCAGCACAAAAGUCUUGAGAAAGACUACGCAACACUGAAAGAAGAAAACAAAACACUUAAGAGUAAUAUUAAGACCUGGGAGGACAAACACAAGGAGCUGAGUGAACAGAUUAAAGUCUAUCAAAAGUCUCAGAAAGAGCUGGAGGACUCAGUGGUGCUCAAAGAUCACAACGUGGAGGUGCUGUCGGAACUUCUGUCAGACCUCGACGCUUGUGAUUUACAAAAAGGCGACACCAAGGUUAAUGGUGAAGUAGCACCUGAUAAGAAGACUGCCAUAAAGAACAGGAUCAAACAGAUGAUGGACGUUUCACGGGUCCAGACCACUCUCACCGUAGUUGAAGAAGAGCGUGAUCGCUUCAUGACGAAACUGCUGAAUGAAGAAAAGAGUAGAAAGGCACUUGAAGGACAACACCAGGAGCUUGAGCAUUCGAUUGCGACCAUGAAAAGUGAGAAGAGCCACCUUGAAAACCAGUUCCAGGUCCUCCAGCAGAAAAAUGAAAUCAUGAUUGAAAUGUACCAACAAAAGGAAAAUGCUUUGCAGCAGAGAUUAACAAAGGAGGAGCUGGAGCGUCGCAGCAAAGAGAGCAUGUUGUCAGAGGUGGGAGGAAAAGCCGUGGAGGCCGAGGAGCAGGUUAAACUCUUGAGGCAACGCAUCAAUGAAAUGGAGGAUCAAAUGAAGAAGACUGAGGAUGUCUUUAAAGAUCAGAUAAAAGAACAGGAAAACAAAACCCACUCAAACUGGGUGAAUGCUCGUAAUGCUGAGCGAGCUCUGAGUCAAGAGAAACUGGAAUCAUCCAAGCUCCGUGAGAAACUGGCUGUACUCACCUCCCAGCUAAACGAGCGGCGCGCUCCUCUCUUCAGACCGAACUCUGGACAGCCUGCAGGUCCUCGCCAAGGUGAUUCAUAUGGGCCCUCUCCUGUGAGUGGGGGAGCACCCUCCCCUCCAUUAAUGAUAGAGGGUCCCAGGCGCCCACCCUCUGCCCCAGUAGGGCGAAGAAUUGACCCGUAUGGUACACGACCUCCAUCAGACCCACAUGGCCGUUACCCUGACAACAAACACAUCCCUGGGAUGGACAUGAUGGGCCCCCGGAGCUCAUCACCAGCCAACAUGGACGGAUCUGGUCCUGGAUCCUUCCUAGCAUCUCCUAUCAGGGACUCACCUGGCCCCGGACCCCAUGAGCCACUGCUCCCUCCUGGACCCCAUGGCCGCCUCCCACCACCCGGACCUUACAGACCUCCACGAACCGGCAUGUACCAUCUGCCACCUGGACCACAUGGUCCAAAUGUACCACCUCCUCAUCACGGGCCUCCACUACCCGCCAAUGGACAUCCAGGUAUGCCCAUGCCUGGACCAAUGGGAGGAGAGUUCGGGCCUCGCCCUGCCAACGGACAUGCAUUCCACCCCAGGCCAGGCCCUGGACAUGUCAUUGAUCCUCGGGGUCCACUGCCUCCACACUUCCGUCCCCCUCCGCCUCAUCAGUUCGGGCCAAUGCCGCCGCCACACAGUGUUCGUGGGCCCAUGGGACCACGUCCAUUCAUCCCUCCUGACAUGCGCUUCCCAGGACCGCGUGACCACCCCAGCGCACCAAUGGACCUGCCUCCAGGUGUCCCACCCCAUCCUGGACAUGGUGUUGCUUAUGGUCAGGCUCCACCUGAUGCCCUCCACAAUUCAGCAGGAGCUCACACCGGCCCCGGGCAGGAAGCCUCUCAGGACUCAUCGAGGGCAGCAACGGUGAAGCCUUAAAAACGCCACCAGCUACAGUGGAGGACUUGAACACCCCCAUAUCCCAAACCCAUCACAUUAACAAACCAGAUCCAGUCCAAACAUACAUCAUGAUUAUUUUCAUAUUUCAGUUAUAAAAUAAAAACUAUAAUGAUGUUUAUUAAAAAAAACAUGGUCCUUAAAUUUAAAGCAUCAUCAAUACUUAUGUGUCUGAAAUUGAUAUGGUCAAGAGUUGAGAGGGUUGCCACUUUUUAAACAGCUUAUCGUGCAAUAACAAUUCAUUAUAUGCCAGAGGAUUUUCAUUUGUGUUGAUCUUUUAAAAAAAAAAAAUAUAUAUAUAUA